CAAAAAGGAGAUCGGUGGUGGGCUUUUAUAACAAGAUGGGCCGAUCAUUCAAAUUGUCUACACGUCGCGUAUAUCAGGAUGGGCCGACACUGUGUUUCUGUUCCGACAUUUUGCAUCCAAACACACCUCCGUACUGUCUGUUUCCAGCAUAUCUGUCCGGAGACGUAAAGAGAAAUAAGCCAAACGAUCUAGGGAUCUUUACGGUUCCACGAUUCACCGGUGAGUUUCAAUUGAUCCGAUAUUUUCUUUGAUAUUCUUAGAUGUUUCUGGUUUGCUUUCCCGCGACUUCCUGGUACAAUUGAUCGGUAUAGAUAUUGAUGACCGUGACCGGCUUCAAUUUGAUUCAAUCCUUCUCCUUUAAGCCACUAGAACUAAUAGUUGAAACCUUUCAAGAGACAUCAAUGGUGAGCCAAGGAAUGGUGUCUCUCACCAAGUCUCUAUGCAUUACCCCUCCAAGAAUCCGCCUCAAGAAUCCCAAGAUGAUAAAGACCGGGUCUUGUAAUCUCCGUGUCUUAUGCACAAAGAUGUCUCAAUGGGAACCAUCACCACCUUUCAUUCGUUCUUCUGCACAAGAAGCUGGUAAUAUAGUAUUGGAAAAAACCGCAAAUGUGUUUGAGUCUAUCAUAUCCGAAACUGCAGAGGAGGAGAAAGUAGAUUCAGCGCAGAGUACUAACUCUCACCAAGUUCAGGUUUUUAAAUGGCCGAUAUGGCUUUUAGGUCCAUCUGUUCUACUCACAAGCGGUAUGGCACCUACAUUAUGGCUACCAUUGUCUUCAGUUUUCGUCGGUUCGAAUGUGGUUAGUGUACUUUCGUUGAUCGGUUUAGAUUGUAUAUUCAACCUUGGAGCAGCGCUUUUCUUGUUAAUGGCUGAUUCUUGCGCACGUCCUAAAGACCCAUCAGUGUCCUGCAAGAGCAAACCACCAUUUAGCUACAAGUUCUGGAAUGUUUUUGCACUCUUAACCGGGUUUCUUGUCCCAACGCUACUUCUCUUUGGAUCCCAAACCGGUUUACUUGCUUCACUUCAACCGGAGCUUCCUUUCAUCUCGUCAGCUGUUCUACUUUUGCCUUACUUCAUUCUCCUUGCGGUUCAGACAUUGACGGAGAUUCUGACAUGGAGUUGGCAGUCACCGGUGUGGCUAGUGACACCAGUUGUCUACGAGGCGUACCGAGUUUUGCAGCUGAUGAGAGGGUUGAAACUAAGCGCAGAGGUGAAUGCACCGGUGUGGGUGGUUCAUAUGAUACGUGGGCUUGUGUCUUGGUGGGUGUUGAUAUUGGGGAUGCAACUCAUGAGAGUUGCUUGGUUUGCUGGUUAUGCAUCUAGAACAACAACAACAACAACAAAUCAGCAACCAGAAUCAUCUGUUACUUCUAAGUAAAGAUAGAUAGUUUAUAUCUCAUCUAUUUACCUUUGAUGUCAGACAUGUCUGAAAGAAAAGGAUAUGUAACUCUUUACUACAUAAUUUUGUAUUGUUGGUGAGUCGGUGAUAAUAGCAAACACAUAUUCUCUGUAUUAGUUGGGUUAGUAUAUGUUGCUGUUCGUUUCGUAUUAUAGAACAAAGAACACUUCUUUGGAGUUCAUGUCAUUGUAUACAUCAA